AUGUCUAACUCACAGCCUGCCCUAGAUGUCUUUUUCUACUUCCAGAAGCAAGAGCUUAAGCUCAGCUUCAAUUCGCCCAAUCAAGCAGCCUUCUACCAAAACCGCAAUCGGGAAUCCCGCAUCUUCGCCAACGAGCCCAAUGCCGUUUAUCUUCCGCUAGCUCCAUCCAUGGUCUACCUGCGCGAUAGUAGCAAAGGGCUUGUCAUUGGCUUUGCAAAGGCAGAGGAUGCCGAUCUAUGGUGUCGGACAUCCAUCCUGGGCCAGAAACAUGGCCACUAUGAAGUGCACAUCGGACGCGGAUGGACAGACGAGCAGCUGAACCAAGCUCUCCAGGUCCAACAUCAGCCCUACGUUCCGAAAAGCAACAGCCGACCUCAGAGUAUACAGUCCAAUAUAGAACCCACUCCGCCGUCGAGUUCAGGGUCGGACACCAAUAUGAAAUCCUCGUCCAGUGCUCAAGGACUAUCGCUUCCCCGGGACGAAUCUCCGUCUUCCAGUCAGUCUUCUCGAGCUUCGUAUAUACCGUCUUCACUAGCUAUUGGUUCCAGCAAGAAUACGCAACGGUCAAAAUCUCCUGGUCGUACUUUACCGCCCGCAUUGCUUCAGGGAACGCCUAUGCCUCGCUAUUCAGCUCAGGACAUACCUUUCUAA